GGUGAAGAGCUGCAACUUUACAGUAAAAAGCUGAUCUCCGUCAUCUUCCUUGAAUUAUUGGGUAUAUUAUUAACAAACUGAAGUCUUAUAGUCAUCAGGAAGCCUUCAUUUGUUCCUGGUGGAGAUUAUCGGAAGUAUUUGUUUACAAACAUUGGAAUGUAAACAAAAGUGUCGCCAGGCGAGCGUGUUUUGUCGGCGUGGCGGAGCAUUGUGGUAGUGUGGCGGUGUGUGGUGUGGUGCGCACGCGGGGUGAGUGUGUGGCCGUGUCGCCAUCUUCACCGGCUCGCAGGUCCCCACACGAUGUCGAGGGGGCCCGACCAGCAUGCCUGGGCCCUAUUAGCCCUCCAGAAGUCGGCGCCGGCCUCUCCGCACCGCGUCCCCGCCUGGGCCUCCGACAGGAAGGGCACUCCCAUCGCCAGGCUCGAAGGCAAAGAAUUCGAAUACAUGGUGCGUCAGAGUCGGGUGGUGAUCGGCCGCAACUCCAGCAAGGGCGACGUGGACGUGAACAUGGGCCACAACAGCUUUAUUUCGCGUCGUCACAUUGAAAUAUACUUUGAGACGCCUCACUUUUACAUGAUCUGUAACGGCAAGAAUGGCGUGUUCGUGGACGGUGUGUUCCAACGCAAGGGCGCGCCUCCCCUCCAGCUGCCUAGACAGUGCACGCUAAGGUUUCCCAGCACAAACAUCAAGAUACAGUUCCAGUCUCUUGUGGAUGACCUGGACCCUCCCCCUGCCCGGGUCCCAUCUCCACCCAAGAGAAAGAUUCAGCCCCUCAAAAUCAACAUUCCUGAACAGGACGCCAGCAUCGGCUCCCCUUUUCCCUCCCCCACGGGCACCAUAAGUGCCGCCAACAGCUGUCCCACAUCCCCUCGAGGCGGCCAUGGGGGACUAGGGGCCAUGAAGAAGGGGGUUAAUGCAGAAAACCUUGUCCAGGCUGCAUAUGCUGCCAUGGAAGACAAAGGGGACAUUGCCAACACAGUUUUGAACCUUUCUCAAGACCACAGAUCGCUAAGGUCUUACCAUGUCCUCCCCUCAGUUACUGUGUCGACAACCCAUGAAGAGAGCCAGAUAAAUCUUGGGGCCUCCAACCAACAGUACCAUAAUGGCAUCCAGGCAUCCAUAGCUGAUGAGGGGUACUUCACCUCGCCACAACCUCCAGACCAGCCUCACAGUCCACCUGGAUCAAAGGAUGACUCCAAGCCACCUUACUCAUAUGCCCAGCUCAUCGUCCAAGCCAUCUCCUCAGCUCCAGACAAGCAGCUCACGCUCAGUGGAAUAUACUCCUACAUUACCAAACAUUAUCCUUACUACCGCACUGCUGACAAGGGCUGGCAGAACUCCAUCCGACACAACCUAUCCCUAAACCGGUACUUUGUAAAGGUGCCGCGGUCACAGGAAGAGCCAGGGAAGGGCAGCUUCUGGAAAAUUGACCCAGCAUCUGAAAGUAAACUAGUGGACCAGGCCUUCAAACGGCGGAGGCAGCGGGGUGUACCAAUUUUCAAAACACCCUUUACACACCUCUCAAAUAGCAGAUCUGCCCCUGCCUCCCCCUCACACAUUGGCAUGAGUGGGUUGGUCACUCCAGAGUCACUGUCUCGGGAAGGCUCUCCUGUACCGGAGUACGUGGACAGUGCCACUGCCUCUCCCCUCAACCCCCUCAACACGGCUGCACAGUAUGAUGUGAACACUACCAGCGCGCCGCCAUCACCACCUCACCCCCAACAAGGUGCCACAUUAAUAGGUACAAGUGGAGUGAGUGUUCAGAACUCCCAGCAGCUCAUGUCUGCCUUACAAGGCAAGUACCUGAUAGCUACUGCUGGAGGACCAAGUGGUGCUGGAUCAGGCAAAACUGGUGAGCUGAAGCAGAUUCAGCUAACCAGCAGUGGGCAUGGAACAGAGUCCACUUCCUUCACCCAGGGUCAGGUCAUUGUCCAGACCUCCUCUGACCCCACCUCCUUUACUCACACUCAGGUUAUCUUGCCCACACAACUCACCAAAUAUGGAAAGUAUAAAUUUAGCGGCGGCUACGUGACGGUGAAUGGCGAGGUGAAGCGUGUGAGUGCAGCGGGCGGUGCCACCCUCACCAGUGCCAGCAGCAGCAAUAAUGUCAGGAGUAGUACAAGCACAGGGACGCUGAUGGUGGGCACUGUUACGGCUGCGCCCCAGACCACAGAGUAUGUGGAGGAGGUGGUGGAAGCAGAAGGGGUGGUGAUGGCAGCCCCUGAGCAGGAGCCCCUCACCAAGCGACCUAGAAUGGAGGGGGAUGGACCUCUCUAUGAGGAUGAGUAAUUGGGGGUACUACUAUUGCAGUGCCUGUUGCCUGUCACAACAGCAGGCAGAGCGGCCCGAGGCCAACAGUGAACAUCAGCUAGAUGAGCUGUGUCAGCACACCCACAGGAGUGUGUGCUGGGACACAGCACCUCUCCAAGGAUCAGCUGUGCCUAGGUGUAAGUGCGUCACACCGUGAGACUAAUGUCAUGUACCUGAUGAGAUUAUGGAGGUUGCUUCAGAGGCGACUUGUGCAAAAAUGUUACAUGUCUGAAUGACAUUUCAAUGCUGAUUAGUUACUCUGAGGUAGUAAAUGAGUGUGUUUAAAGAAUGUUAUGCUCCAAGUGCUUUUAAGUUCUGGUGAAAAGGACAUCUACUUUUGAGAAAGAUGUUGCUUGUAUAUUAAAUCCUUCGCUUUUCUUCAUCUGGACAAUGGCUUACUUUCACUUUAAAUUAUUUGAAAUGUUUAGUGUACAAUAUGUGAAUGCCAAGAAAGAACAAUUCUAUUGAAUGUGUUUUCUUUAAACAAGGCUUCUUAAUAUACAAAAGAAAAAAAUAAGAAAAGUGGUUGACUACUUUUAUGUACUACGAAUUAGUGCAGUGGAUUGAAUAUGUGAAUAAUGGCUUUUGUUUACUGAUUGAGGAUCCUGCACAGGCCACAUGGAAAAUUAAUUGUUCAAAAAUUAAUAUGAAAAAAGCUUUUGUAUUUUUAUUUAUUUAUUUUUUAUUGUACGUAUGUGUGAAGUGUGUGGGAGUGGAGAAACCCUGCCAUAUAUGUACAGAACAGUGUCUGGGGCUGCUCCUGAGCCACGGGACGUGUCUCCUUGAGGACUUUGUACUAAAGAUAAUUAGUGUAGUCUAAGUCUGAACUCCCAUAUUUUUCUUCAAUGUUUGAGAGGCUAUAAAAGGGUGUAAAUGAUUAUUAUACUAUUUUCUCCCAGAGGAGAACAGUGUCACAUUAGAGAAGUAUUACAAGGAACACUUCCUUUCCUUUUUUUGUACAUACCAGAACAAAUGUACUAGGUUUUUCACAAGUUACACAUUUCAUCAAAAUGUUAGCACCUGUCUGUGGGGAAACCAUACAUGUAAAUUUUUUGUCAUCUUAAAAUGGAAAUUGUUUCUCCCUAAGAUGUUAAAGCAGAUAUUUAUUAUUGAGUUGUUGAAAGAAAUUUACCCCUGCCAAGACAUUGAUUGAGGCAGGCUAUAGUGAGACAGAAAAUAUGUAAAUAUACCUCCUGGUCACCCCUGUUUUGACUGUGGCAGUUGGCGUGAAUGUGCGUGACGGUCCUCGAGUGACUGCACGCGACACUAGCUGAUGUUUGCACCCCAGAGGUCUCGACUUGCCCUGUAGUAUCACAGGCUGCACUCAGGAAUCAUGAUUGCACACACAACGUAAUUACCAUAUUGCCAAACUACUGCCACUAUCUUUUUGUGUUUCAUUUUAUAUGGUGGGUUUUCUCUCCCGGCAGAGCAGCCAGGUGUGUUUGUUGUACAGGUUAAUUUCCUCUGUUGUCAUGAAUAAUAAGGAUUCCCCUUGUCAGAUGUCCCAAACAACUUGCAACUUUGGUAAUUCAUUGUUGCUUGGGUACCAGAACCAACUGCCACAGGAUGUAUUUAUGCACUUCUGUUUGACCUUUGGAGCAAGUGGAGUCUGAGAGAUAAAUUAUUAUAUGGUGAAUAAAUGGUUCCUUAUUUUUUAUCUUUUUGAAUAAAGGAAGUUUUCAGUUUGUAAUUGCUGGGACAAGCUGCAUCACUUAAAGGAUGUAGUCUUGUUUUAAGGAAGAUGCAUUGUGUGCAUGCUUCCAUGACUCAAGAAAUUAGUUAGCAAAGAUCCAUUUUUUUGUUGAAAAAUUUCAAUUCAGAAUUAUGUUAUUUCACAUUCUAAGACAAAAUAUUUUCUUGAAACACUCCAUAUUUUUUUCUGUGAUAGGAGUUAGUAUAGUCUGUACCACCUUCGUCCUGUGACAAAAUAAUUGUGAAACACAUUUAUUUUUUUUUUCCAUCCCCAGAAACAUCACCUUUAUUGCCCAUCAGACCCAAUAUCCAUAUUUGCUUCACGCUUUUGAUACGUCACUUACCAAGUGUAGCUGAGUACUGCGGUUCCCAUUUGCUCGCCAGUUUUGUAUUGCUUCUAAGAGAGUAUAAUAUGGUCUUGUUCAAGUUUUCAAGAGAUUUUUUGUUUAUAAAGUUUCUACAGCAGUGGCAACCUAAAUGUUUUGAGGAAAUAAGGUGUGUUUGGUUAUGUGUGCUUUAAUUUUUUUUGUUAUGCCAUCUUUUGACAAGGCAAUAUACUUCCCAGUGUUGCUGGAUAGAAAAUGUGCAAUCCAGCUGCUGCAAGAAGUGGAUGGAGCCGUGUCAUCUGGCCGCGUCAUGCCUGGCCCAGCAGAAACUUCCUUUCAGCCUAAGACAUAAUACCUUCUUGCUGUUGAUGAUGCUUUAACCUGUUGGUAAUACAUUCAGAUGUCUGUAGGCAUUAUUUUGUACUUGUUAAUAGCAUUUUAUUUUUACCCGUGAGGCAGGCAGGCAGGCAGGCAGGCAGGCAGGCAGGCUAGAUUACGAGGCUGUGGUGCCAAGCUUACCCUUGGGAGAAGGACUUGUGACAGUCAGUGUUCUUGUAUAAUAGUGAAUUGGGUAAAUUGAAGAAUUAAAAUAGUUAAAUUUAAGAUUAUGGGUAGUCUUUAGACAAAUAUUCAAGUUAUUUGGUGAAUUACAAGAGGUACAAAGUUCUUUGUAUUGUAUGUUAGACCUAAGCAGAAUAAGUGUAGAAUAUAAUCUCAUUGAGGCACUUACACAUUUUUAUGUAAAUCUAUGUUGAAAUCAAGUUCAUCAGGUAACAUGAGUAUUUAAUGAGGAUCUGCCCAAAAAUUAGUUGAAAGCUAGUCGUCCAGGAACUUGGAUGAAGGUCUCUCAAGAUUCAACUUAAGUGAAGGCUUCCCCCCCACUCCCUACACUCCUGACAUUCAGGGGUCAUUGUCCUGCCCUCCCCAGCCACCACCCACAGACUCUACCCUGCCUUGAUAUCAUAGUGAUUCGUAUGUACAACUAAUAGAUGCAGAGUGAAAAAUAAACCUAUUAACUGAG